UGGGGGAGGGGGCUCAAGUGGGCAGCACAUCCUCUCACACCUCCCCGUCCCACGUCUCCCCCUCUCAUUCCUCCCCCUCUCACUCCUCCCCCUCACACGCCUCUCCAUCCCACUUCUCUCCAUCUCACGCGGGGGCAUCAGCAGCUGCGACAACUGCCAAUGCUGGUGUGGCUGCCUUGCCUGGCGCUGCACGGCACUUCUUCCCGCGCUCCUUCACCACUAGCAGUGACAGCAGUAGCCCUCUUCACUUCCUCGCGCCCUCUCUCCCGCAUUCCAACUCCAUCACCACUGAUGGGAGCAGCAUAGAGGAAGUGAGCGGGGAGGCUAGUAGCUGCGAGGUGGGAGAGGUGGAGGGGAGAGCGGGAGGAGGAGAGGAGAAGUUGGGCCAAGGUGAUGAGGGGGGUAGCAGCGACAGCCACAAUAAGAACAGCAACAGCAAAAGCGGCAGUUGCAUCAGCAGCAACAGCAGAUGCAGCACCCAUGACAGCAAGGGCAGCAGCAGCAAUGCUCGUCGCCAUCCAACGCCCCCCCGCAUCCCACCAUUGGCCCGCCCUCCCCUCACUCUCCCGCCUCUUACCCUCCCCCUGCCUCUACCACUCUGCCGCGCUCUUCCUCCCCGUCUCCUUCUGCCUCCCUCCCACAACCGCCACGUCUAGAAAUGCAAGAGGCGCUGAGAAGGCAAGGCAGGGGAGAGAUGGGGAGCAUGGGGGGACAUCACAAGCAGCAGAGGCCAGCAUGGGUGGGGAAUCCAGGGCGGCAGCUGUGGUGGGAGCAGCUACAGCUGGCGGAUGGACAGGUGAAAGGGGAGCUGAAUCAGCAGCAGGCGGAGGAGCAGCAGGAGGAGGGGGGGAAGGAGGAGGAUCAGGAGAAGGAGGGAGAGGAGCAAGGGGGGGGGAAACGAGGAGGGAGGAAGGGACGGGGGGUGGUGGGGCAGCUGUUGGGGCAGGGCAUGGCGGCCACCGCCGUGCGAGUGGACCGGCGGACGCGGCGGGCCAUUGAGGACCCGCUGCUGGGGGAGGCGUAUGAGGUGGUGCUCUACUUCGGCAUCAUCGACAUCCUGCAGGAGUACGACGUGACGAAGAAGGUGGAGCACCUGUACAAGAGCCUGCAGUACGACGGCCACUCCAUCUCCGCCGUGAACCCGUCGCUCUACGCGCGCCGCUUCCGCUCCUUCAUCUACGCCACCUUCCCCGACCCCCUCACUCCGCACAAACCCGCACCUAACGUCCUGACGAUGAUGCUGAUGGUAACGGUACCGAUGAUGGCGAUGGUGCUGGUGGUGAUGGUGCUGCUGAUGGGAUGAUGGUAGUGAUGGUGGUGAUGA